AAUCUAAAAAAAACCGCUGAUAUAAUUGAGGAACAGUUCAAGUAUGCAAUAGCAUAUGUUGAUGCAUUAUGCUUUACCGAACUAUGCUUCAUACUGUAUACUUAUUUGCAAGAUAAAAGUGAAACGAAAACAUGGAUUGAUACGAUGCUAUGUGUACUGUAUGCUGUUAGCUCUUUAUUUCAUAUCACUUUUUUCACAGCACCUGCUUAUCGUCUUUAUGAAAGAGUAAUAGUUUAA